GCUCCUUAUAUAUGUUGGUCGGUAUCUUCUGUUCUAAUUAUAUUAUUUGGCUCAUUUUAUAUUGUUUCUAGCAUUUUAGUACGAAAUGCUGGCUUUCUUUAAAGGUUUUGAACGUCCUUUUCCGAAUGUGGGUCUUGUUGUUAUGGCAAUUCAAAUUCCCCAGUGGUGGAAUUUAAUACGUAACAUAAUUUUUUCCCCUAAUUUUUACGCAGGUGGAAUAAAGUGCCAUUAUUUUAAAAGAGGUCAAAUGACCCAUGGUUCCAAGAGUCAUAGAGCGUUGGGGUCUAUUGGUGCUGGAACAAAACCUGGCCGUGUACACUAGGGGAAAAUGCCUGGCAGCAUGGGAGGAAGCAAAAGAAAGAUCGAAAAGCUCAAGAUUGUGAAAAUUGACAAUGUGCUUCGAGUUGUGAUGAUCAAAGGUGCCGUCCCCGGUAAGCCAGGAAAUCUGCUACGUAUAACUCCGGCUAAGAUUGUUGGGAAGAACUUACCAAAGAACUAGUUUCACGUAUUGUACUUUAUUUG